AUGGGCGAGACAACCAGUUGGCUUCUGUGGCUCGUGGUUGCCUGCCUUCCCUUUCCCACAUUCGGAGUGAGAGCAGUGCCGCCGAAAGCGGUCGCUAAGGAAUCUCCCGUCGCGUAUCUCAAGGACCAGCAGCCACCGGGAGAAGUUUUCGUUCAAGAUGCACUUUUCAACAAGGGCGCGUAUGGGCUCUAUGUCGAGCAGACAUUUCGAUCCAACAAUGUCACAGUGCCUCGUCUGAAUAUGCAGCAGCCAUUCACGUACUGCGAUGAUGGCUCCUACAUCUUCGUCACCCCGCGCGGGGAGGUCGUCGACGAGCCACUCGCAGUGAUAUACGAUGCAAGUGGAAGUCUGGUCUGGACGCCAAGUUUGGACCUUGGCCAUUUCUACAACUUUCAAGUUCAGCAAUACAAAGGCGAAUACUAUCUGAUCUUCUGGGCUGGCGAUCCUCAAGGCGGCCAUGGGAACGGAAGCUUCUACAUGGUAAAGAGCAUCCCUGAUGUCUUCAAAGGUGUGUGGCGAUCUAAUGGUCUGCGCAGUAUGAUAAGCACUAUAACCUCGUCCGAAGCGUUACCGCUGGAAAUGGUUUCGGCGCUGAUUUGCAUUCAUUUACCAUCACGAGCCGAAACACUGCGAUACUCACAAUCUACGACAAGGUGAAAACGGACAUCGCAAAGACAUCGGGCCAAUCGCCAGUGGUCGAUAAGUGGAUGAUGGACUGUCUCUUCCAAGAACUGGAUUUGCAGACUGGGGAGGUGUUGCUCGAAUGGCGAGCAUCAGAGCACUUCUCGUUGAAAGAGUCAUAUGCGAAACAGUUGCCAGGAAGCGAGGAAGAGCCGUGGGAUUGGUUCCAUAUCAACACGGUCGAGAAAGAUUCCCUGGGUAACUAUUUGAUCUCUGCCCGACACCUUAGAUGCGUUGCCUAUGUGUCAGGAAAGAACGGGAAGCUAUUGUGGCGCCUUGGAGGAGAGUUCAACGAUUUUGCAGACCUUUCAAAUGGAGAGGCCACCAAGUUUGUCGGACAGCACGAUGUGCACUGGGACGGCGAGGGGCAGUACAUCACCAUGUUCGACAAUAGGGCGGACUGGGAGUUCGAGGCGGAACACGUAUCGAAAGGCAAGAGGAUCGAAGUGGACUUGAACAGGAUGACAGCCAAGAUUGAUAUGACAUUCGUCCAUCCGGAGAAUAUCUUCGCCUUCUCACAGGGAUCGUACCAGACGCAGCCAAACGGCAAUGUUGUGCUUGGAUACGGAUAUACUGGUGCUAUGACGGAGUUCUCCCCUCAGGGCGAUGUACUAUGCGACAUGUAUAUUCAGCCUUCUUCAAGGUUCAGCUCAGGUGAUGUACAAAGCUAUCGCAACCUCAAAUUUCACUGGACUGGGAUUCCAUUAACACCGCCAGACGUACUUCUCGAGGACAACGUUUUGUACGUGUCGUGGAUGGGAUCAACCGAAGUCCGCAAGUGGACCAUCGAGCACUCACCGGUCGGAACCGGCACGUACGAGCGCGUCACCACCUUUGACAAGACUGGAUUUGAGACCACGUUUACAAUACCAGUUGAUCAAGCUGUGUACCAAUACCUGCGUAUCUUGGCGCUGGAUUCCGAAAACCAUGUCCUGCAUGCUUCAGAGAUUCUGGACCUGGGGCCGACGACGAACCUAUACUCCGGAUCAACAUCAGCCGAAGAGGAAGAGCCAAGCUCGAUCGUAGUCUACGAGAGGCACAGAUCCAUUGAAGCCAUGAAGGUCCAAGACGAACACAUCUACGAUUUGGGCGUUAUGGUCGGCUACGCCUGCAUUGGCAUGCUUGGCACUUUCCUGGUCUUCGCUUUCUACGCUCGUCCACGGAUGCUACGACGAUGGAUGGCUCGAUACUGUGACGAGCACGGCGAGCCGGCUACGACGAGCAGCGAGCAUCUUUGGCAGCGUCUGAAGGCAUUGAAGCAUAAGCGGUUCGGUUCCGUGGCGUACGAGCUGCUGCAAGACGGAGAAGUGGAGGCUGGUGGGCGAACACCGAAUGACGAUCAUACCUGA